UCAAAUAGCUUUACAUGUCCGGCAGCGAAACAUCCGCUGGAACGUGUUGUACGAAGAAUUUAGUUGAUGCCUACGUGGCAGUGGCAGAAACUUGACUUGCUCGUGAAUUAUCUCACAAAAGUGCAAGUCGUUUCUAGAACAUCGCUGAUCUGUGACCAGAGAUCAUUUACAACUAAAAUUUAGUCAUUCAGCUUUAAUCGGCAAGUCGCAAGGCCACACAGCAAACAUCUGUAACAUUGUCGAUUGACAGUUACUGAAAUUUUUAGAUUGUGAAGAAACACCUUAAAAAAACAACAUGCUACGGCUCAAUGUUUCUAAGAAAAAGGCUCUUAAAGUGGUAAAAGAGUUAGAUGCAUUUCCCAAAGUCCCAGACAACUACAAAGAGACAACAGUAUCAGGUGGUGGAUUGUCCAUCCUUACAUUUGUUAUUAUCAGCAUCCUGGUCAUCUCAGAAAUCCAGUACUAUACUAGUACAGAUCUACAUUUUGACUAUGAAGUAGACACAAAUCUUACGAGAAAAGUCAAGAUUAACAUUGAUAUGACUGUUGCCAUGAAGUGUCAUCACAUAGGGGCUGAUGUUCUGGACCAGACAGGUCAAGACUUAUUCAGCUAUGGAAAGUUAAAAGAAGAACCUACAUUCUUUCGUCUGUCAUCACGACAACAGGAAUACCUUGAUUUUAUACAGCAGGUGAAUGAAUAUCUUACACAGGAGUACCAUGCCAUUCAAGAUUUGUUAUGGCGAUCCAACAAGGCGACAUUUUAUGGUGGCAUGCCUCCAAGGGAAGAUGUGCCUGAGGGACAACCAGAUGCAUGUCGGAUUCAUGGAUCCUUAGAAGUUAGCAAGGUUGCUGGAAACUUUCAUGUGACAGCUGGAAAGUCUGUGCCAGUCAUUCCCAAAGGGCAUGCACAUAUAGCUCUCAUGAUUGAAGGAAGUGAUUACAACUUUUCACAUCGAAUCGAUCACUUCUCCUUUGGUGACCCAGUCUCUGGGGUUGUCUACCCUCUAGAUGGCACUCUUUUUGUGACAGACAGCAACUACCACAUCUUCCAAUAUUUUAUCCAAGUUGUGCCAACUGAAGUUCGUACAUAUGCUGCCAGUGUUGACACUUACCAGUUUGCUGUUACAGAGCGGAAUCGCACAAUAAAUCAUAGAGAAGGCAGCCAUGGUGUCCCUGGUAUAUUUGUAAAAUAUGACCUUUCAUCUCUCCUAAUACGAGUUCGAGAAGAGCACAAACCAUACUGGCAAUUCCUAGUUCGUUUGUGUGGAAUUAUUGGUGGAAUAUUCUCAGUUUCAGGUAUGUUGCAAGCCAUUGUAAAUUUCUGUUUGGAUGUACUUUGCUGUCGGUUGAAACUGGGAAAAUAUGGCCACCACAGGGGAAAAGGUGAUAACAUCAGAGGCCUAGAUUCUGCUAUGUUACCUCGGGAAAUGCCUGCACAGCCUCUUUUAGAUUCUGCAGAACAAAUGGAAGCAAGAGAUGGUUUUCCAUUAUUGAGUUCAGGAUACCGAUAACAUUGGAGAGGGAAACCUAAAGGAGAAAAGAAUGUGUGUGAAUGACUGAGCUAUUGAUGUUCACGAUAGGCUGCUGUUUUUACAUUCUUCUUCAUUUUUAUCUUCUUCCAUAGUGAGGUUUGCUGCUAACUGGUUGGGUUUUCUAUUAUGAUUUUGGCAUUAGAGUAUAUUUUGGGGGACUUAGUUAAAAUCUUUUGUAUUAUAUUUUUUGCUAGAUCUAAGCAUUUUAUUAAGAUUUUAUUCUCUUGUGAUAAAAAGAGUGCCAACGGUGUAUAUAUAAUACGUUUUCCUUUGACUUAUUGACACUUAGAUAUGUUAAAUACAAAGCAAACUUCUACGAUAACUGUCACGAUGUACCCAUUCACGCUCACCAGGUGGUGACAGAUCUGAACAAAUUUUAUCAGCAGCACCAAAACUGUUAUGCUUGAAGUGAAAUGGAUUAAUAUAGCUAAAGCAGAAGAUUAAACUAGCAUAUUUAGGUUCUUAAACACUUUGACACUUGGCUAUUUCAGGUGAAAACAUGACCACUUAAGUUCCUCCUCCUAAUUUGUAAAAUAAACUUCUCUGAUUCAAAUUUUAAUGUGUGCUUCUACUUUUCUUAAACUUAUGUUGCAAGAUACAUCACUUAAUACUCACAUACCAGAAAUUGAAGUAUCUUAGACUUCACUAAAAGACUUCUUCCUAGAGUGUAUAAUUUUUUGAAGAUUUUUCACAAUAAUUAACAGCUUAUAACAGUACAUUGAAAUCCAGUGAAUUUGUUAUUGAUAUAAUUUAUAUUUUGUUGAUGUUUUGCAAUUCCUGGCACCUUAUAAUGACAAUAUUUGAUGGUGUAUUGAAAUCAUGAGAUUAAUACUACAGUGAAAGUCAUGCAAGCUUUUUGAUUUAUGUAGGCAUAUACAGGGUAUUGUUUUACCUUGAAUUUGCAUAGAUAAUAAAUUUGUUAAACGAGUAUGGUAAGGCUGUCACCAACAAACUUAUGUUAUAUCAAAAAAACAAGCUUUUUUUUCCCUGUACCAUUUUUAUCUUUAAAGCAAGUCAGCAUCUAUAUGGGAAUUCAGUUUAAAAUUGCAUGUUGCCUUUGCCAUCUGAUUUUAUAAAUAUCAAGUCUAGGAGCUUUGCAAUUUAUGUGUGGGACAGCUAUUUUGUUUUUUAAUAAUGAUCACAAGAGUAUUCAUUGUUGUUGGAGGCUUUCAUUUCAUACACUGAAUUUGUUACUGUUGGUAAGGCAGACCAUACUACUGUCAUUUUGCUUGUUGUGACAUUUUCUGGCAGGUGAUAAAUGCUCAAAUUUUAAUAAGGUCAUUGUCUUGUGAGAUUCAAAUAUCCUUUUAUCUCCUGUAUCGAUUCACCUGUACUGACAUGUAUUGAAAAAAAAAUUGUGUGCUCACAGAAUUCAAAAGUCAUGCAUUCUUAUAUCCUAAUCCUGCUUUCAAAAACAACUUUGUUUCUCACAUCUGUGCUUUUAAGAUCUCUCUCUCACACACACACGUAUAUUUUAAUUGCAUACAAUAUACGGUAAGUGUGCAUGUGAAUGUAUGCAUUCCGUCAACUAAACUUUAUAACAAUUCCCAUUUUCACUUAUUAACAAUCAUUGCAAAAGUGUAUGCCAUUUUUUUAAUCACAAAAGUGAAAUAAAAAGAUUUCUUUCUCAAAAA